AUUCAAGUCCGAUCAAUUUUGCAAUUUGUUACACUUGCACGGCGUUCUAGAGAAGCAACUAAGAUUUUGCUUGUUUGGGGAAUUUGGCGCCAAAAGAAACCUUUUAGAUACUCACCAAAAUGAAGCGCUAAAAUUAGGGUUCCUCCGUUUACAUUUGAUUUCCCCCAAUUUGCAAAAUUCUGCUCUCCUAUUUCACUCUUCGUCAUCAAUUAGGGUUCUAUUAGAGUAGAAAUUGGGCGAAAAAUGCCGGAAUUAAGCUGGAAGCACCACACUCUAAUUCAAUCUCUACUCUCUCGCGGCCCUCUUAAGGCCGAAGAAUUCAACAAAAUUUUCGAGGGAGUAACUGGAAGAAACCCAGGUUCUAAUGACAAAUUGUUUAACGAUUAUUUAUUGAAGAUUAAUAAAGAGCUUUCCUUUGUUCAAUUUGAGUUACGAGCGUGUAGAAAUCAGUAUGAUGGUACAGUUUAUUAUGGCGUCGUCAACAACACUGAAGACGAACAAUCAAAGCUAGGGUCUAAGUACUCAGUUCCUCAAAUUGCCUUUUAUAAGGGCAUUAUAGAAGCAAUUGCACAAGAUGCUGCAGGCCAAGGUUGCAUCACUAAUAUCGAUGCCCUCCAUAUAAGAUUGGACAGUCAGAUCCCUGGUGGCUCACAACCACAGUCAGAAUCACAACUCCAGGAUGUGCCUCCUGCUCUGAGGAAUUUUUCAAUGUCCCAAAAAGAAAAGGCUCUUGAAGAGCUUGUUCAUGAUGGAUGGCUCUCCAAUGUAGAUGGUAAUAUUGGACUUGGUAUUAGAUCAUUCCUUGAUCUCCGAAGUUGGUUCCGCUUAAAUGAGAUUCCUUCAUGUGAGGUUUGCAAUGAGGCUGGGGUGAAGGCGGAUUUGUGCCCAACUGAAGGCUGUCCCAUCCGAAUCCAUAAGUACUGCCUCCUUAAGAAGUUUUCUCAAAGAACGGCUGAAAAGGUUUGUCCUGGCUGUCAUAAUCCUUGGCCAUAUACAGUUACCAAAGCAGAAAUGGUAGACAAUGAGGAUGAACCAAGCGAGCCAACAGAAACCCAACCUUCAAAUGGACCUUCUCAGAGAAAGAGGAGAAAGAACUCCCAGUCUCAGACACAGGAAUCAGAUAAUGUAGGAUCUGGUUCCUCUCGGACAACUAAAUUGAGAAGAUCUUCCCGCAUUGGCUAACAUUGCCGAUGUCAACUGUUAGGCGCUUCAGUUCUUCAGGAGAUUUGAUGUUCUUAAUGCAUAGUUUUUUGUUGUAAAUAGUUGUUUGGAGCUUCAGAGGAUGUCAUUGUCUAAAUCAAAAUUGUAUUAGAAGGUAGGAAACUUAGCUGAAGAUCGAACUUCAGGGAUCAAUGGCUUCCUCUUGGCAAGAAGUUGAGGUUUGUACCUUCCAUCUAAUAUAUGAUGGUUGUGCACUUAGCUAACCUACCUACAACAUUUUUCCUAAGGGUUUUCAUCAUUUUGUAAAGGAAAGUUUUGAGUUAUCACAUUGAAAUGAGUAUCACUUUCAA